AUGGAUGAAACCUGGAUUAACGAAGGUCAUACAGUUAAAAAAGUUUGGCAAGAUUUAAAUAUCAAAAGUAAACGCGAAGCAUUUAUAGAAGGCUGGUCUACAGGAUUGAAAACUCCAUCAGGAAAGGGACGGCGUUUAAUUAUUACCCAUAUAGGAAGUGAUACAGGAUUUCUUGAUGAUGGUUUGCUUCUAUUUGAGUCCAGAAAAACAGGAGGAGAUUAUCAUGAAGAAAUGACUUCCGAAGUAUUUGAGCAAUGGUUUAAGAGAAUCUUACCAAAAUUAGAACCUGGCUCUGUGGUUGUUAUGGACAAUGCGCCAUAUCAUAGCCGCAGACUAGAACAAUUACCGACGACGGCAUGGCGGAAAGGGAGAAUCCAAGAAUGGCUUACUCCAGCUAUCCAGCUACUUGACAUUGCACGAUUAAGGAAAAUGGAAUAUCUGAAAUACGCUGUGGAUGAAACUGCAAAAGAUUAUGGUGUCAAAGUUCUACGUCUACCACCUUAUCAUUGCGAACUUAAUCCCAUUGAACUUAUCUGGGCGCAAGUGAAAGGAGAAGUAGCACGCAAUAACAAAACGUACAAAUUAAACGAAGUUAAGGAACUUCUGACACAAGCCAUCCUCCAUGUAACUCCUGAAAAAUGGGCUAAAUGUAUAGGUCACAUAGUUAAAGAAGAACAUCGUAUGUGGGAACUUGACAUUCAUAUGGAAGUUUUAAUAGAACCAAUUAUAAUUACACCAGGUGAAGAUGACAGCGAUAGCAGCACUGCAUCUUCAGAUUUAGAUAGCAAUUAA